GAAAUCCGAACUACAGAGAUGCAUACGGGUGGAGAACCACUGAGAGUGAUAGAAUCUGGCUUCCCCUCCCCACAGGGUGAUACAAUUCGUGACAAAAUCCGCAACAUCAGGGAACACCUUGACUGCUAUAGGAAAUUGCUGAUGUAUGAACCUCGAGGUCACUAUGACAUGUACGGCGCUCUGUUGGUAAAGGCAGAUACUAAUGACGCUGACAUAGCUUCAAUUUUCAUGCACAACGAGGGAUACAGCACAAUGUGUGGACACGCGGUUAUCGCCCUUGGACGGUAUGCUGUGGAUUCGGGACUAGUCAAGAACCCUUGUAGUCCGGAAACCCGAGUGAUAAUCCAGUGUCCAUGUGGACUAGUGGAGACUUUCGUAGAGUAUGAGGACGGCGAGACAGGAAAUGUCCGAUUUAACAGUGUUCCGGCUUUUGUCUUCGCUACAGAUGUUGGUGUGGAAGUCCCAGGGUAUGGUCAUCUGACGGUUGACAUCGUGUACGGGGGAGCAUUUUAUGCCUUUGUGGCCGACUCUCAGUACAACUUUAAACUCGGGGAGGUUUCCAUUGAAGAAAUCAGAAAGGCAGGUGGGGCUACAACAGAUGCCUUGAAGAAGAAGGUUAAGAUAACCCACCCGGAGAAUGAUGAUCUCGCCUUCCUAUAUGGAACCAUCGUGACGGACGGCCAAGACGGACAGGAUGGAAACAGCGACACACCGUCGUCUAAUGUUUGUGUUUUCGCUGAAAGACAGAUUGACAGAUCCCCGUGCGGUUCCGGAGUGACGGCUAGAAUCGCCAGGCAGUAUCAUAAAGGUUUUGUCAAACUGGGGCAGGCUAAACAAUUUCAAGGACCAUCCAAAGCCAAGUUUUCGGCAAAGGCCAUACAGGAAGUGAUGUAUGGCGAAUACAAGGCAGUAGUGGUGGAGGUUUCUGGGAAGGGACAUUACUGUGGUUCUUCAAGGUUUUCUUUGGAGAAAGAUGAUGUCAUCGGCCGCGGCUUCCUCUUGCAGUAA